AUGAGAAAAUGGGGGGAUGCUGAGGCUCAAAAAUUUGCCAAGAACCCCGGAGCCCUGAACCUCCGUGCGGAAUCCGAUAAUGAGUUACGGGCUCACCUACAACUAAACGGUUACCUGGUUCAAGUUCUCAACCACGAGCCGCCAGCGGACACAUACACUCCUGAACAAUCCGCAAUUCUCUCUGCGGCCGUAAACCAUAUUCCUGAGGUUGGAUUUACAACCCGUUCGCUUACCCUGGGGGCUCGAGAUGCAGGAUACUUGGACGUGUCAUUGCAGCUAUUUCCGGAUGGCGGAGAGAUGAACCUGAUAACAUACUGGUUGAGAAGUCGAAGGGGUAUGUUAAGGCAGAAAACUAAGAGCGGAGAGCUUUUUGGCAUGUCUGGAGCCGGAGAAAUUGGCGGAUUAAGCGUGGAGGAGAAGGUACUGAUAUUGAUAUUGGAAAGAUUAAAGAUGAACGAGGAGAUAAUUGAGCAUUGGCAGGAUGCGCUAGCAACCAUGUCUUUACCCUUUAAUCUUGCUCCGUCAAUCUCCGAGCUAUCUGCGCUCUCCUCUGACAUCCUCUAUCUGGCCAACGACCACUCCGUGGACUCCUCAUGGUACACAAAGCGACUCUCUGUCGCGACUGUUUACGCCAGCGCCGACGUAUUUAUGACAGAAGAUACCUCCCCCGGAUUCUCUGCAACCAAGGAAUUUGUUGAGCGGCAACUCAGCGAUGUCAACCUUGUUACGAGGACUCUGAGCGACGCUAAGCGGUACUUGGGGAUAAGAGCGUUAUUCGGAGCUUCUCAGCAGGAACUUUCAUUCUUGUUGCUUUGUACUAGAACGGCGGGGUUCAACAAGGGAUCUCAGGACCGCUACUGGGGCCUUUUGUAUACUUCAUUUACAGAGGGACGAAAUAACCAAGGCGGAGAACGUUAG